CUGCCGGAUGGAUUGACGUUGUCUACUUCAACUACGCAAACAAACCUCUUCUCAUUCGUCUAAACCUCUAUCACAGUUCCACAUACUCACACGAAAUGGCGGACCUUCCCCCUCCCGUGCAAGGGCCUACCGCCAAAGAGAAGAAGUACGAUCGACAGCUGCGUCUCUGGGGAGCCAAUGGUCAGAUUGCGCUCGAAAACUCGCACAUACUCCUCAUCAACUCUGGACCCGGCGUUGUGGGCCUCGAAACACUUAAGAACCUGGUGCUACCUGGGGUCGGCAACUUCACGAUACAGGAUUCUGCGGUGGUCAGUGAGGCUGAUCUGGGCGUCAACUUCUUCUUGGAAGAGCAGCAUCUUGGGGGGUACCGGGCUGAACAUACGUGCAACCUACUCAAGGAGCUCAAUCCAGAUGUAGAAGGUCAUCACAUUACAGAGCCCAUCGAAUCGUGGCUGUUACAGCCAGAUGCUCUGCAACCAUAUACACUAAUCAUCGCGACCGCACCCAUUCGUCCCGAGCUCCUUACCAAGCUCGCCGACCAUGCAAGCACCGCGCUGAUCCCACUCUUCUACGUUCACUCAGUCGGCUUCUACUCACAUUUCUCCGUACAUCUGCCUCCUGCGUUCCCCAUUGUAGACACACAUCCGAGCCCUGAGACGACGUCAGACCUCCGAUUGCUACAGCCAUGGCCCGAGCUAGCCCAGUUCGCCGAAGAGAAGACGGCCAAUAUCGACAGUAUGAGCGCUGAAGACCAUGGCCACGUUCCAUACCUUGCAUUGUUGCUGCACUUCCUCGCAAAAUGGAAAAAAGAGCACAACAACGAGGCGCCGAAGAACUACAAGGAGAAGACCGAGUUCAGAAGUGCUGUGUCGCAGGCUACACGGACAAAUAACCCUGAAGGAGGCGAAGAAAACUUCGACGAGGCUGUAGCAGCAGUAUUGAAGUCGUUGAACCCACCAGAACCCGGAAGUGCUGUCAGAGAGAUCUUCACAGCUAAAGAGUGUGUGCUAGUGCGCGAAGACUCGCCCACCUUCUGGGUCAUAGCAAACGCUAUUGGACUGUUUUACACAAAGUACGGCGUACUACCUGUGCCCGGAUCUGUGCCAGACAUGAAGGCGCGUUCAGCAGACUAUAUUCAGCUGCAGAAUGUCUACAAGUCGAAAGCACGAAAAGACCUAGCAGAAGUAGUGGAUAGCGUGCGGUUUCUGGAGCGGAAUGCGAAUCGAAGCACCCCCAUCGAAGAGAAGCACAUCGAAGCAUUCUGCAAAAACGCGGCGCAUAUCAAGCUGGUGCGUGGCCGGCCGUUCCAUGUCGUGCAGGCGGGCGAGAAGGUCAAAUGGGGAGAUCAGGCGAAGUCCAUCGCUCAGAUGCUCACAUUUCCUGACUCGUUAAUACCACUAUACAUCGCCUUUCUGGCCUGGGACGAAUUCACUGCGACACAGAACAAGGACGGAUUAGGUGGUGCAGUCAAAGUACCCGGCGAGACUGACCAAACAGCGGACUCAGAGAAGCUCACUGGUAUUGCCUUGAAGAUCGCGGAUGACCUGAUCAAGGAGGCAGCUUCACCAUUGGAUGAGGAUGAUUACGCAGCGGUGAAGACGCAAAUAGGAGAGUUUGCCCAGGAACUCGUCCGAGCAGGUGGAGCUGAACUACACAACAUCGGUGCCUUGACGGGUGGUAUCGUAUCGCAGGAAGUCAUCAAGGCUAUCACGGAACAAUACGUGCCUGUUGAUAAUACGUGCAUAUUUGAUGGCAUCAGGAGCAAGAGUAUGGUCAUCAAAGUCUAGAGAUGAUACCCAAUUGGAACAGAUUACUCAAUCGAAUGGGAUUGGAUCAAAGAGGCGUACAUACAUACCUCAAAUCGCGGCAAGAGGUCCGUUGAUGACUUCAGAGCAGUGAUACUGAUGAAGUGCACAAGACAAACAAUGAUAGACAAAGCACUGUCUCGAAAUAAAGAACAGAUAGAAAUCUCACUGAAUCAGAUUGUCUGAGAAGUACCUGCAACCU